AUGAAAUGGUAUAUACAAGGGUUGGUGUUUGGAUACCUCAGUGUCCCCCAAAGAACUGGGAGACUAGGUCGUGGUCUGGAGAUGGUAGACGGCCAUCAGGAGCACUCCACUCAACUGCCUCUUGUCACUCGAUCGAGCUUGCUCUCCUCUUCCUUCUUCCUCAAAGUGUGUGGCUUCCUUGGCCUUGGUGGAGCAUUGGUAGCUCGUACUGUCCAUAGGGGUUCCAUCUACUCCGGGGAGGCUCCUGGUAAGGCAUGGGAUCGUAUUCAAAUCCCGGAUCCUCGAACUGGGGCUCCUCCAGGUCAGCUCGACCGUCAGCUCGAUCGAGUUGAGUUUCCUCUGUUUGGACUCGAUCGAGUCCGGUGGUCGAGCUGGAGCGUCUGGCCUUGGAAGUCUUCCUCCUUCUCUGCGUGUUGUCUUCUCCUUCCCUUGGCUCGAAAGAAGAGGCUCUGUGAGGCUCUUGGGCAGGGAGCCUCCUUGGAGUGGGGGUCUGAAGUCAAUGUUCUCACCCCUACUACUGUGGUGAGCUCUGGGUUGGGCAGGAGAAGCUUGGAGGGUCCAGCCAAUGGAUGUGUGAACUUGAAUUGGAAUCUCCCAUCCAACUCCUUGUGCUCAAUGAGAAGGUUGGUCUUGCAAAACUUGAUGUCCAUCCAACCUGGUUCAGUGGCUCUCUAUCAGUUGGGUUCACUCCAGCAGCACACAAGAUAG